UCGCACUAGAUGAGGCACCGCUAUCAGUCAAAUACACUGCCUUUAAGUACAAACAGUAAAGUACUGACGCGACACCCAUGAAACGGAUUGCCCAAUGAACAAAGAAUAAAACUGAUCACCAGAAGUGGUCCACCACGUGCCUUUUCACUCAUUCCUUUAGGUGAACACCAUUGUCCGUAACUGAAAAGACUACUCGCUACUAGAUGGUAGCAGGCAGGUAGUAAAUGACGUUUACUAUCAUGUGAUCAGCUGAAGUCUGUCAAAACAACAGUCCAUCAUGGCUCUUGAAAGUGGUGGCCUCACUUUUUACAUUUCGAUGUGUGAUUUACUUUUUUGUACUCUAAAAUGCAAAUUUUUCCUAUUUUGACAAUCCUUCUAGACAUAGUUAAAACAUGCCAAACAAAAAAUCGGUAAAACAUCGGUCUCUAAAAACUUUCGGAGACAUAACGUUGAACGAUUUUGCAAACUCUGCUGUUUCCAAAAACAGACCAAAGAAGUCCAGCGAAAGUGUAACAAAAGUAUUGAAGCAUUUUCAGGAAAAGUCAUGGGAUGAGAAACCUGAUGAAUUUGAUGGACAAUUCAUUGAAGAAGAAGAUGAGGAAGGCAAUAUUACAUAUGUACUGAGAAAAGUAGAGCCAAGGAGAAGGAAGAAAACUGUUUCUAAUAGUGAGGAAGUAAAAGAAGUGAGUGGUAAAGACUACCCAAUAGACAUCUGGUUCCUCCUUUCUGAAUACAUUAGACCUGAGGACGUAGGCCGUUUUGCUGGUAUAUGUAAAACAUCUUUUGAGGUUGUGUGUACAGCAAAAUUUUGGUUUAGACUGUACAAAAGGUACUACACUUCAGUUUCCACAUUACCUGAGCAGCUGCAACCUGAAUGCCUUGUACGAAAAUAUGGCCUACGACCCUCUGUUAUUAGGGCACUGUAUCAUAUGUAUCCCCUAUUUGUAAAUCAAAUAAAAUCACCACAGCUCACAGCUGAACAACACCCUGACAUACUAAAGCGAAGACUAUGUGAAUGCCUGUGGCACCAAAAACACAAAGGACACUGGUUAUUUUAUUUUAAGAUGAGAGAGAAAAGAGACAAUUUACUGAAUCAUUCCUAUCGAAUUAAUACAAAAAAGCCAGACUUGUUGGAAAUACUGGAUGAUGUGUCUGCUAAUGUAGAUGAGAAUUGUUGCAUUUUGCAGGUCACCUGUAAAGAUUUCAUUGCCAUUCCACCUGUCUUAGGACAAGUACUCAUAUCAGUGUCAGUCACUCUGUCAAAUGGAAUGAGGUACAACAGAUUGCAGUUAGAUUUUGGAUCGGGCAUAUCAGCAUACCGACCAUCAGACAGCAAUUGUACAUCUAUCAUUUUAGACCCAGUUGUUAAUUACAAAGUUUUAGAUUGGUGGCACCCACAGUAUCCAUAUAGUCAAAAUAUUCAGAAUUUACUCAAUUCAGAUUAGUUUUUUUUUCUCUACAAAGACUUAGCCAAGUGAUGAUUGCAAUUUUACUUUUCACUAUUUCAUGUUAGUAGAACAUGUCUUACGUUAAACAUUCUCCAACAUGAUACAUAGUAGAUCUUUUUUUUGUGAAAUUAUGUAUCUUUGAUUAAAUGAAGAAGUAUAUCUGUUCUUGUAGAAUAAUAUAUUUUUGAAAACAAUUACAUUAAUAUAACAGCUUUACAAAGGACGAAACACUUCAAUGAAGUACCUGCUAAAAAUAAAGGGCUAUUAGAAUUACACCACCUUGGGUUAUUUUGUAAAAGUGAAAUAGCAACAUACCAGCCCAGAACAAUAUUUUAUUUCGCAAAAUUUCGACGCAUCAUUUGUGUGAGAAGGUACACUUAAUUUUUGGGAAUAAUCACUCAACUACAGAACAGGACAUUCCUUGAGGUGUAUAGUGAUCUUUAGUAUUACUAUAUAAAAUAUGAAAUCCCAGGCUUUUGUAUAGAAGGUUUAAUUAAUUUCUUGUUGUUUGGAUUACACUGAAUUGUAGUCGGGCUAAAAUAUCUGGUAAAAGUAAUGUAUCAAUAUGUCCAUAACUCUAUAUUCUGUUUAAGAUUAAAAUAUGAGAUCUACAUUUUUUUAACCAAGCUUGUUUUAUUUUUGCUCAUACCAUGGAUUUAAAAUUGUUAUAAUUUUUGAUAAAGGUACUUUAUAUGUUUA